AUGAAGAUAUCCGGUUGGAUUGCGGCCACAUUCCUCGCCUCGACCGCACUUUCGAUCGAGACCGUUCCAUUCGAUGCCCCUAUCACAGCAAGCCCCGAUACAAGCAGGAGAGCAUUUGAUGUCUUACAACUCUUGAAGAAGCGCGAUGGCAACUGCCCUGGAGGGUACAACGGAUGCGGUGAUCUAGACAACCCAGACAUCUGCUGCAGAUCAGGGUCUAUUUGUACCAGCGACGAAGCACACCAUGUCGCAUGCUGUCCGAGCAGGGCGGCCUGCACUGGUACAAUUGGAGCGGGGAGUUUCAAUUCCCCUCAAACGUCAGAUGCGACGCCGACAAACGACAACGGGCCUCAAGUUACGGGGUCGACAAUAUCGGGCGCUUACCCAUUUGUCGCUGUACCUACGUCCUUCUCCGAUGCCGACGAAUGCUCCUCAUACUAUGGUCGAUGUCAGAGCGACUUUUCUCAGUGCAUUACACACUUUGGGGGGUAUGGGGUUACUGUGACGGGAGGAGGAGCGGACUUCACGCAGGCUGGCGGCGGGCAAGGUGCGGCUUCGACAUGCUCCAGCUUGCGCGAGUCUGCAUGCCAUGGUCUUAACCUGGGAGUUUGUGGGAAUUAUGAGGGUGGAGCUGACGGAGCAGGGUCAAGACGGACUUCGAGCCUUCAUGACCUCGUUGUUGGUGUGGCUGUCGGCGUUGCUGGGUUCUUUAUAUGA